CCUUACGUAGUUGUAAUCAACAUAAAAUAACAAACAACAACAUUUUCUCAGCUUGAAUAAUCCAUGAGUUUGCAGGCUUUAAUAAGUCAGUACAUGACAUUUUUACAGCCACAGAACGUGUUUUAACGUUUCUUUGCUUAUGCUUUCCAUCAAUUCAGACUGUGUAUUUAAAAACGUUCAUUCCUCUAUACGCUUAAUUCGAGGAGUAACACAAGCGAAACAUGACGCCGUAUCACUAAUUUCUUUUUUUAUCUACAAUAUUUCGCAUGUACUGAGUUACAAUCACCAUAAACUGUUCAGUCAGGAUAUCGUCUAUAAGAGAUACUUUUCAACGAGAAGUGGUCCUUAUGUUUACCGAACUGAAAAAUAUGUCUCUCUACAGCUUUCUCGAAAUUUUGAAAAGUUAGCAAAGCUUUUAUGUUCGGUUCAAAAUGAUCUUUUAUCUCUUGCACAGCACUAUCAUGAUGCAAAGAGUGUUGAGCAAAAAUAUUACUUUCGGAGAGAGUAUGUUUUGAAACGUAAGGCCUUAACAACUAUUCGACAUCUACGGGCUCCGCUUCUCUUGACUUUACAGGAUAUGAACAUACUGUCAUGCAAAUGUCCAAAAGCAUUGCUUUCCUUAGGCGAAUUGGACCGAAUGCUUCAAUCUGAGGACGUUGGAAGCUGGCUUUCAAACCUAUCAGGUGCACUUAAAACCAACUUUUUGCCGAAUUCUGUCUCUCAUUAUAACUUUUUACUUGCGCGUUUUUUGUCUCGACGGUUUUAUUUUGCCGUUGACAUCGUAUGGCAAGCUAUGAGACUUGCUGAGGUGCCCGUUAAUGAUGAAACAGUUUCUUUAGUUACCGAGCUUUACGUUAAUCAACAGCGAUGGGAUGCCUUAAUGAUUUUCUUCAAACAUAAUUACCCCCAAUUGACUGAACCGUAUGCUAGUCAGUUUUAUGCAUCUGUUCUCAAAGUCGCUAUUAGAAACGACAACAAGUGUCUUAUUUCAAUACUUUAUGCAGUAGCACAUCGGCGACAUUAUUUUGAUUUUCGGAUUUGUGAACUUUUCCUUUACGAUUGUAUCAAGCACAAAUAUUGGCAAAGAGGUUUAAUUGUGUAUAAAUAUAUGCUGGAUGCAUGUAAAUCAAACGACUCUAUCUCUUGCAGAUUGCGACUUGCACAAAUUUACUGGAAAUUGUGUUCUCGCUGUAAAAAAAAUGCUUUACUUACAAACAAAUUGUCAAUUUCGAUGGGUUCAAAGCCUUUGUCAAAGACAUCAGUUCCCUAUAAUCUUCGGAGAACUGCGGAUGUUCUCAAGGUUUUAGAUGAGUUUAUGUAUUCUAAAACUUGAUCAACCGAGUGUACACUACUGAGUACAAUUUUUAUAUAUGAUUAUUAUACGAUCCACAUGCAAAAUGCAUUACUGUUAUUUAUAUUGUCAUUAUUUAGCAUAAGAGCUAAAGUAUGAUGUUUUAUCGCCAAAACUAAAUACAUCAUCAUUCCUACAUAUUCAACCCAAAACGUUAAACGCUCUUUUGUAAAUUAUUUUAUUCAGAUAAAUCAUCAUAAACUAUUAUUGCAUUUUUUAGGAGCAAAAAUGCAAAGUAAACGUUCGGUAUGUGACC